AACUGCUAAAAAACUUGGCUUGUUUCCACCCGGGGUUCCCCAUUCGUCUCUAGUGGCGGCAGAGUGCCUCGCGCUGCAGCCGCCGUCAUGCCGCUGCGCCACCCAUCUUCCUCAAUCCCACCCGGCUGCUCUACUUCCCCUCAUCCCCGUAUUCCCGCCGCCCCCAACCGCCCCGUCACACCCUUGCCCCCCGACAGCGAGGAAUCGGGGCGACGCCGGGGAUGCUGCUUCCUUCGGGACGGGAGGAUCCUCAAAGACCCGCCGCGUCUUGCAGUGGGGGCAUGGAGCUCGCAAGUCCUCCACCCCCCAGAUCAAGCGCAUCAUCAGAAAUUCGGGCCCGAUGUGCUCAGUGCCUCAGUGGAGGAGAAGGAGGAGGUGCCCGUGGAGGAGUGGAAGACGUGCGUGUUCGCCAUCACCUUGGGCAUGCCGGUUGCCCUGCUGCUGCUGGUCAACAUGUGCUGGAGGGCCAUUACCGCCGCCCUCGCGCUCGUCCUCCUCGACUUCAAGAAUGUCCGAUCAUGCCUCGAGAACAUAACUAACCAAUUGCUUCUGCUUCAGGUGUAUAUCUGUCUGUCUGCAGUUGAAUUGAAUUUGAGGUCUCAUACCCACUGCUGCGGGGUGUUCAUCACCGUCGAUGGCUUCAGUAAGACCAGCACUCCCAGCACAUUCUGGGAGUUCAUGCCUUCAUGGAGCCCUAUGCGCGCAUCAACAGCUGACCGGGUAGUCAUCCUUUUGUUGGGGAUCCUUUUCCUCUCUAGCGUGGCGUCGGAUAUCCCUACUGUCCUACUACUCGGUGCGCGGGUGGCAGCCUCGGCAGUGCGAUCUCCCCCCAGAGUGGAGACCAACAUGUGGCUGCUCCUGGCCUGGGUGAGCUCGGUGGCUGGCAGCCUCUCACUUCUGGGCUCGGCGGCCAACCUAAUCCCGGGUCGAGGCAUGUGUCCAUUGAGUACAUUUAUAUUGUUCAAUGGCUGUGGUUUUUUGGGCAAACUUUCACUAACGCAGCAGAAGUUAAGGUCUGCCCCAGCUUCCAUGACCUGCAAGCUCCGCCCACUAAUUAUCAGCUAUCUGCAGAAUUCAACAAGGCAGAGAAUCAGAGAGAAAAUGAUGGUUGUUGAAUGUACAAUUGAUUGGCCUUGAAGCUCUGUGGAGCAGUGCCACCCCCUCAUGGUUUUGUUUUUGGAACGAAGCACGCUGCAGAUUAGGAAGUCCCACUCUUUUUUAGGCCAGCAGUGAUUGCAUAGAACUUUUCUCUGAGAAACCCAAGCAAACUUCCCUUAGUUUGUGCCUCUUGGUUUUCCUUUUUUUUUUUUUGUGACCUACAACUGAACUAGAGGACUUGAAUUGGGUCAGAGGUAGAGCAUGAAGGUGAUGUUACAGAAGUUGGAUGAACACGAUAAGGUUAUGUGUUUUCUUCUGUUAGACCAAGGAAUUGGAUAGCUCUUGCACAUUCUUCCUUUGUUAACUGUGGGUGCUUCAGUCUCCACAUCUGACGGAUAUGAUUAUUCUUACAUAGAAGUUAAUGUAUGAUCUUGGAAGAGCUGUUCCAGAAAAAGAAAGAUACAUCUGCAGUGAGACCUUCCAAUCUUCAAUAUAGAGCUUCUUUCAAGUGAUUGGUUGCUCUUAUGCAAAAUGCAAGUGCAAUAAGAUUAGAUCGCACAUGACCUGUAAUGUACCCGUAGAUGUGGUCAUAUUUUUGGACCGUUCAACCAUGGUUUUCUUGGCUCAGCUGAGAGAAGAGCAGGCUGACCGGAAAAACUAGGCGGUCUCACAUUUUGUAUAAAAUAGUACACGUGUUUUUUCUUUAACCAAACCAUUGUACACUUUGCUAAAAGCAUAUGUAUAUCUCAGUUUUAUGUUGUAAAAUAUAUGCAAUCUAGCAAGCCA